AUGCGACCUAUUCUCCUUUCGGGCCAUGAACGGUCCCUGAAUCAGAUCAAAUUCAACAAGGACGGCGAUCUUUUGUUCUCCGUGGCUAAAGAUAAAAUUGUGUGCGCCUGGUGGUCUGCCAACGGCGAGCGACUUGGCACCUACAACGGUCACCAGGGUGCCAUCUGGACGGUAGAUGUUAGCCCCAAUACGGUCCUCUUAGCAACCGGCUCAGCAGACAACACCGUGCGACUAUGGAACGUGAAGACUGGCGAGUGCGUUAAAGUCUGGGAUUUCCCAACGGCGGUGAAGCGGGUCGAGUUUUCUCCUGAUGGAAGCAAGUUACUGGCCGUCACAGAGAAGCGUAUGGGUUAUCUUGGAACAAUCGUUGCACUCGAUGUCCGCUAUGGUGAUGGUGAGGGUGAGAACCUGGAAGACCAGGCGGAGGAACCCAGCUUGAGGAUUACCUGCACAGAAAGCAAGGCCACCGUCGCAGGCUGGAGUUAUCUGGGCAAGUAUAUUAUUGCCGGCCAUGAGGAUGGUAGCGUCAGCCAGUACGAUGCAAAGACCGGGGAUCAACUGGAGAACAUUCAGGCACACGAGUUUGAUCACCAGAUCAACGAUAUCCAGUUUUCCGCUGAUCGCACGUAUUUCAUCACUGCCUCUAAGGACAAGACUGCCAAGCUCAUGUCCUGCCGUAAUCUCGCUAUCCUCAAAACUUAUGUCGCCGACACCCCGAUUAACUCUGCUACCAUCACUCCUAAGAAGGACUAUGUGAUCUUGGGAGGUGGUCAAGCUGCGAUGGAUGUCACAACAACUUCCGCCCGCCAGGGUAAAUUCGAGGCUCGUUUCUACCACAAGGUCUUUGAGGACGAGAUCGGUCGUGUCAGGGGCCACUUCGGACCUCUCAAUUACGUCCAUGUCCACCCGGCUGGUACAGCUUAUGCCUCUGGCGGAGAAGACGGUUACGUGCGUGUCCACCAUUUUGACAAGCCCUAUUUUGAUUUUAUGUACGAAGUCGAGAGAGAGCAAUUGAAAAAGUAA